CUGUUGUAGUUUCAGCAAAAGUGAAAGUGAAAAUAUCAGAGUGAGAGACAGAGUCUGUAAAAUGGAGGCUAAAGCUUUGAUUCCUGAGGACGAGCUCUGUUGCCCUGUAUGUUGUGAUAUUUUUAAAGAGCCUGUUGUCCUGAAAUGCAGCCACAGCUUUUGUAGAGUAUGUCUGAAGCAGUACUGGGAUGAGAAGAGCUCUCAAGAGUGUCCCAUCUGCAGGAGAAAGGCCUUUAUGGAGGAUCCUCCUAUAAACCUGGCCUUAAGAAGCAUCGUGGAGUCCUACUUAAAGCAGAAGACUGAGAGAGAAACUACAGACAAGAGUGAUGCUCACUGUCCUCUUCAUGGCGAGAAACUUCUAUUAUUCUGUGAACAUGACAAAGAGCCUCUCUGUCGCAUCUGUCAGACUUCAAAAAAACACAGAAACCACCCGGUCUGUCCAGUGGAAGAGGCUGCACUGGAGCUGAAGGAGGAACUCAAGCCUGCACUUAAUCUUAUUAAAGAAAAACUGAAGAGGUUUACUGAGGUUGAACAAGAAUGUAAGAAAACAGCAGAACAUAUCAGGAAUCAGGCCCAGCACACAGAGAGGCAGAUAAAGGCAGAGUUUGAGAAGCUCCACCAGUUCCUGCGAGAGGAUGAGGAGGCCAGACUAGCUGCUCUGAGGGAAGAAGAGGAGCAGAAGAGUCAGAUAAUGAAGGAGAAGAUAGAAAACAUCACAGGAUACAUCUCCACACUUACAGACAAAAUCACAGCGAUAGAGAAGGCAAUGGACACUGAAGACACCUCCUUUUUACAGAGCUACAAGAACAUCAAGGAAAGAGCCCAGUGCACACUGCAGGAUCCAGAGCUGCUCUCAGGGGCACUGAUAGAUGUGGCCAAACACCUGGACAACCUGAAGUUCAGAGUCUGGGAGAAGAUGCUGGGGGUGGUGCAGUACACUCCUGUGGUGCUGGACCCCAAUACUGUACAUACCAAAGUCUCUCUCUCUGAUGAUCUGACCACUGUGAGACACACAGGUACAGGCCAGAAAUAUCCUGACAACCCAGAGAGGUUUAAUCCCUGUGUGAGUGUGCUGGGAUCUGAGGGGUUUACCUCAGGGAAACACAGCUUGGAGGUGAAGGUUGGGAAUGAACCUGUGUGGGAUAUAGGAGUGGUGAAGGAGUCCAUCAGUAGGAAGGGAAAUAUAACAUACACCCCAAAGAGAGGAUUCUGGGUCUUAAUGCUGAGGGAUGGUGAUGAGUACUGUGCAGGUGGAGUUACUGACCUCACACUGAAGAGGAAGCCCCAGAGCAUCAGAGUGCAGCUGGACUAUGACAGGGGGGAGGUGUCCUUCUUCGACUCCAGUGACAUGUCACUCAUCUACACUUUUACAGACACAUUUACUGAGAGAGUGUUUCCGUACUUCUGUCCCGGUUUGAAAGGAGAUAAGAAUGACGGACUCCUGCAAAUAUGCCCACUGACAGUCUCUCUGAAAGUGACUCAAACCAGUGACGGUAUUUGUUUUAAAAAAAUAGAUGGUGUACUUUUAAGGAAUGUUUGUUGUUUCUAAUCUGCUUCAGCAUACCUUACCUGGUUGCUGACUUGGGUACUCUGGAGUUGACUUGCUGGAGAUGUGAAUUGUCCAAAGGGAGCUGGUUGAUGGCCUACCAAAACCAAAUGGAAGGCAGGCACACACAGAGCAAACAGUGGCCAUUUGGUUAAUGUAAUCAGCCUCAGUAUGCAUGAAUAAUGAUUUGGGACAGACCAGAGGAAGUGCAAAGGGGGGUGUUUUAAUAGUCUGUCAGAAGAGAGCAGACAUGCAUACAGAGGUAACAGUUACUGCUUGAUUUCCUGCAACCUCAUUUCUAGAUUUUAUUCUGGAAAAGGGGUACAAAGCUGGUGCUUGAACAACACUGUAUUGUAACUUACCUGCGUUGCUCUUACCUUGUUCUUUCAUGCUGUAGAGGAUACUCUUUUUGCUUGUUAAUAUAAAUUGGUAUUGAUCUAAACUCUUGAACUGCAAAUAUUACUUCAUACGUAAAGAGUACUGUAGAGGAAAUUCAUUUAAUAAUUAUGAUGAAUUAAUUUAGUAUGUUUUGGGUUUUGCUUUGAUCUGAAUCACAAGACAAAACAUUUCAUGUAAUUUUUAUACAUAAGUCAAAUGUGCUUUUUAUCAGUUUUUAUUCGUUUUCCAUUGUAA